CAAACACUGUCAUUCUGAGCCCUUCCUCCUGCCAAGAACCUGGUCUCCGCAGUUCAUGUCGUCCGUAGGGCGCGAAAUAGGUACCCUGGUUGUAGUCGUUCUGAAAGCCCAACAUCUACCCAACAAAAGGUGUCCCUGAUGUAAUCGAUCCACUCGCUGUCUGACUCAAGCCAGGAAUAUCGGAAAACAAGACCCAUACUGCUCUGUCUCAGUGAAUGGCGAGAAACAGCGCACUAAGGUUGUGAAACGCGGUGGACAGCAUCCGGAAUGGGACGAGGAGCUGCGGUUUACGAUAUACGAGGACGCCCCUCCAUCCACAGGGCCCGAUGGCGCCCCGCCUCCACUUCCGCCCAAGGGCGGCAAAAGAAACAUCAAAGGGGGAGCCAUCAUGAAGCUUUCGUGUUUCGCGGAUGACCCACGGGAGCCUGAUCUCAUCGGGCAAACCGAUGUCGACUUGACGGAGGUGCUAACAAAGGGCGAAACAGAUGAGUGGUUUGACCUAUCCAAUAAAGACAAAUUCGCCGGGAAGGUGUACCUGGAGUUGACUUUCUGGUCCAACGAACCUCCGCCGGAAAAGAAAGUGGCCCCAGCCGCUCGGGUCAACGGCGAGUACAGUGGGCCGGGAUCGUUUGUUACAACGGACGAUGUUCGGCGGCCGCCCGAUCCCACGUUCUCGCCCAACCGAAUCCCAUCCAUGAACGCGUCAUACAAUCACUCAGGGCGACAGUCUGAUGCAGCAUCAUCAACCAUGAGGCCAGCCACCUCUCUGGCGCAGGUCGAUACUUACCGGUCACCCUAUGAACAGCCUCCACCAGCUCAUCGUGGUCGCGUCUCUUCGUUUACUGCAGUAACAAAUGGACUUGCAGAUAUGGCAAUUGGACCAGCAGGUCGACGACGAGAGAGUUUACCGCCUACUCAUCACUCAACCAUGUAUACACCCAGGCACUCGUCUGCGACUUAUCCUCCGCCGCAGCAAGGCUACGAACCCUCCGUGUACGAAUCGUCGGUAUACGAACCAUCGGCUUACGCACGAUCUACGUACGAGCAGCCGUACGAGCAGCAGCAGCCGUACGAACAGCGGCCUUACGAACAGCAGCCUUACGAACAGCAGCAGCCUUAUGAACAUCACCAGCAGUAUGAGCUACAGCCGUCGUAUGAUCGCCCCAGAACACCCCCUGGACCACCGCACGAGGCACUGCCAAACCCAUACGGAUCUCAACCACCGCAUCGACCGACAUACGAAACAAAUGUUGGUGCUGGCUAUAGCACACCCCUUGCUCGCGGCCGAUACAGUCUUCCGACGACAUCAUCCGGGUUCGUGCUGUCCAGCUCCAACAACGAUGCCGGGUUCUCUCGGGCUCCUCCCCCGGCGAACUAUUCUUCUCACAUGACUCCGUCUGCAUCGUAUGGGCCAAUUUCCUCCCAACCAACCGGCCAGUAUCCGCCGUCGCUGCCACCUUCCGGUUCAUUCCACGUCCAGCAGACCUUCCCACCCCAGGGCAUUCCGCCGUCGCAUUCAUUCCCAUACUCACAAUUCCAAACGCCGCAAACAACAGGCUACAAUGGAACGAAUCAUAGCCACGUCCCCAACAAUGGGCAUUCGUCUCCGGGGCAUCCGUCUGCUGGCCACACAUCUCCACCUAGCCCCGGGCCUCCGUUGAACUUAUCUUCAGGGCCCGGAUCACGGCCUCUCCCGCCACAGCCACAGUUGCAUUCCGGACCCCCUCACGUGUCAUAUGGUUUGCCACAAUCGGCGAGCCAGUCGUCGCUGGGACCUCCUCUUCCAGGAGCGUACAGUCCCACUCUACCCAGCAACGCGUCUUUCCAUCAACUGCCGCCGCCACCGCCGCCGCCACCAUUGCCGCAAAGCGGGACGUUCAACGAUGGUCUGCCGUCUCCUCAUCGCCAGUCAAGUCUUCCGCCACCGCCUUCAUCGUACUUGCCGUUGCCACCGCCGCCACCACCACCACCGUUGGAUUACGACUAUCAGCCGCAGCCACAACCGCAGCCACAGCCAUAUUAUCCCGGACCACCACCCCGACCGCCAGUGGCGUGGAAUUACGAAUAAUGUCGUCGCAUAUAUUCACUAGCCCUACU